CCAUCUUUACAUCUUCUAUGUCCUGUCUUCCACUCUGUAACCAAAAUUAUAUAUAAAUUUUUUAAAAUUAAAAUUAAAAAAGAAAACCCUAGAUUUCUCCGUCUCUUUCCUUUCUCUCAAGCUUCUCAGAAAGUCUGACACUUUGAGAAUCUAAUCUCCAAAGUUAUUGUCUUUUGGAGGAAUUAUGUACAAGGAACGUAGUGGAGGAGGAGGUGGGUCAUCGAGAUCGGAGAUCCUCGGCGGAGCUAUUGAUCGGAAACGAAUCAACGAUGCACUCAAUAAGAAACUAGAGAAAUCUUCAACUCCCACCACCACAUCUAGGGUUUUCACUUCUAAAGACAAAGAUCCCUUUUCAUUCACAUCUACUUCCACUGCUAAAUCUCAGCUUCCCGAUGUGGAAUCGGAAACUGAUAGUGAAGGGUCAGAUGUGAGUGGAUCGGAAGGUGAUGAUACAUCGUGGAUCUCUUGGUUUUGUAAUUUGAGAGGGAAUGAUUUCUUCUGUGAAGUCGAUGAAGAUUAUAUUCAAGAUGAUUUCAAUCUUUGUGGAUUAAGUGGUCAAGUUCCUUACUAUGAUUAUGCUCUUGAUCUCAUUUUAGAUGUUGAAUCUUCCAACAGUGAGAUGUUUACUGAAGAACAGAAUGAAAUGGUGGAAUCAGCUGCUGAAAUGCUAUAUGGUCUUAUUCAUGUUCGUUACAUUUUGACAACUAAAGGAAUGGCUGCAAUGACUGAGAAGUACAAGAACUGUGAUUUCGGGAGAUGCCCGAGAGUUUUCUGCUGCGGUCAAUCUUGUCUUCCAGUUGGACAAUCCGACAUCCCGAGAUCGAGUACUGUGAAGAUAUACUGCCCAAAAUGCGAGGACAUAUCUUACCCGCGAUCUAAAUUCCAAGGCAAUAUUGAUGGAGCAUACUUUGGAACCACAUUCCCUCACUUGUUCUUGAUGACUUACGGGAACUUAAAGCCGCAGAAACCGACUCAAAACUACGUCCCAAAAAUCUUUGGCUUCAAGGUACACAAACCAUGAUACUAGUGCUCUACUUUCUCAAUGGUGAUACAUCUAGUGGCUCGGUAAUUGCAUCCGGAUGAGCAACAACUGAAACGAUAGCUGCGGUUUGAAUGGAGCAUACAUCAAUCAUUGGGUAGAGGAUGAACGCUAAAACGAAGUUGAUAGAUGGAAUCCUGAAAGGAGGAUCUCAUGAAGUUCCAAGAAAACUUAUAAGUGCAACAGCCUGGCUCAUUGGGGGUAAAGAAUGAACACUUGAGUCUGUCUCCCAAAAGAUUUUCCCCAAUUAGUUGGAUUUUGUUUUAACUGUUGAAUUAUUAUUUGUUUUCCUAAUUUCAUGUAAAACUCAUAAAUUGUUCAAUUGAAGGUUAAUCUAAUCAGUAGAGAGCCUCUGGUUAUA